CAUGCAGAUUUUUUAUUUAUUGUUCUCAAAUCUCUCUUAAUUCUUAGAAUAAGGUUUCAAUUUCUUUACUAAGAUGAGAACUUUAAUUAAAAACAAUGAAUCUCCAAAAUAGCAGAAUAGAAUAUUUUUAUUUCAAUUCAUUUUCGAUUCUAAGUUUUUCAAGUUUGAAAUGAUGAAAUUUCAGCAAAACAGGUAAAUAAAUUAGUAUUCAAUUAUUUAAUUAGGAUUGGUAAGGGCAUGGGAAUAAUUCAAGUCAAUUUAAAUGAAAGAUUCUUAGAUUUCUCAUUUUGGCUUAUAAAUAGUAACUUAAUUGGAGGUGGGUUGAUUAUCUGUGUAAUUUAUUAGAUUGCAAAAGAUGAAAGGGAACAUUUUUGUGGUAUCUUUAACUGAAGCACCUAUAUAAGAGUAUAUUUUAUAAUUCGAUAUUAUUAUUUAAUUUUCUGAUCAUUUCCUUUAAGAGUUCCUCAGAUAGCAAAGGUAAAUUAAUUAAUUAUUAUCAUCCUUUCAUACCUGACCAUAUAUUUAUAUUAUGCAGCUUAUUUUUAGAUGAGCAAACAAAAUUAGACUUUCAUAGUGACCAAUCAUUCUAGACAAUUACUCCACGGAUAUCACGUCGAUGACAACAUAGGCAAAAAGUUGGCUAUAUCUUAAGGUUCAGAGUUGGGAGGCGGCUUAAUGAGUAGCGUUGAAGUAUGAUGUGAGAAUUUAAAUAUAGGUGGAAUAGAGGAAGCCCAAAUAGGUGCUUCAAAAGGAAUAUGAUUCUAGGAGUAUACGAUACGCAAAUGAAGAUUACUCAUAUUUGGCAAAUUUGUUGUUGAGUAGAUUUUCACAAUUAGAUGCAGCAGCUGCUAUUGCUACUCAAUACCCAUUAUUUAAAAUGUUGAGGGGUGUUACCAAAAAAUUUAUGUUUAAUGAGUUAGAAAUCAUAUUCUUUUUGCACACAAUCGAAGAAUAGAAAUGGAGAUAUGAUGAUUAAUUGAUUUCAGAUUUCUCAGCUUACUUUAAAUAAGAUUUUUUGAGCAACUAAGAAGUAAUUAAAUAUUAAAGCAAUUUAAUUAGAAUUAGAAUGUGGAAGGAUUCAAAAAAUUAUUACUGUUUCUGAUUUGCUGCGGCUAUACAAUCAAGUGUUUUUUCAAUGAUUCCAACGAUCAAGAGAUAAUCUUGAUCACUGAUCACAUCCAACAAUAUUGUCAGAAAGAGUAAAUAAUUUGAAUCUAUAUUAGUUUCAAAAAAUCACUCUUGGAUUUAUGGAGACAGAAAUACAUGAAUUGUUCAUUGAAAAUUGUCCCAAGGGUUUUGAAUAAGUUGUAUAACAAAUUGAUGAGAAUACCUAAAGAUGGCAAACAAGAAUUCCAAUAGGAUUACAAUGCUUUGGUAGAUCAGAUCAUCCAGAUCUCUCCGGCUUACAAUAGUCAAGAAGGCAAAUAGAUAAAGCAGGAAGUCAAACCAAUCCAACAACAACCUCAGCAACAACAACCUAUCAACUUCAGCCAACAGACUUAGCAAUCCUAUCAACACUAAUACAUGAAUAACUCGGGUAUGUUUAUGCAAUUUUCCCAAUCGCAACUUCCUCAAUAGAAUUAAUAAACAUUUUACCCCUUCCCUUCAUAAGAUUUUUGUGAUCACAACAUCAAUGAUAAUCUGUUUGUAAAUUCAAAGAUCAAAGAAGAAUUGAUACCACCUCCACCGCCGUUAUUGAGUUAAUCUUCUAAUUUUAAAAUACAAUGA